AUGAAUAAUGUUUUUAGCUUUUCUAUUCUUGGUAAAUUAAAUAUAAGGACUCAACUCAAUUCGGCUUAUCGCAAUGAUCUAAUUAAACAUAAUAAUCAAGUGGAUAAGAAUCGAUAUGUAUUGAAUAAAAUUAUUAAUUGUAUAAGGUUUUGUGGAGCAUUUGAGUUAGCCUUAAGGGGUCACGAUGAAAAGGAAAAUUCGGAAAACAGAUGCAUAUUUAAGGAGCUGGUGAAUUUUAGCGCCGAAUUAGACAACGAAUUGAAAGUCCAUAUUCAAAGUGCCAAACUUUUCAAGGGUACCUCAAAAACAACUCAAAACGAGCUUCUUGAGUGCAUGCUAGAUGUUUAUCAUGAAGAAGUUAAGAAGGAGAUUGCAAAUUCUCCUUUUGUUGCAGUAAUUGCCGAUGAAACGACUGACGUAGCCUGUGAAUUUCAAUAUUUGUGUAAAGGACAACCAGUUGAGAGAUUUUGGAGAUUUUACGUCCCCGACGGACACGAUGCCAAAUCAAUCGCUGCAUGCGUUUUAAAUGUUGUAAAUCCAUUAAUAGAUCAAAAUCCAAACAAAUUAAUAGCUCAAAGCUAUGAUGGUGCGUCUGUUAUGAGUGACAAAAACAGGCUUAAAACUGAGUUACAAGUAUUAUAUCAGAGAGAAGAAUUGAGUACUACUUCUGGAGCUGUUCCACUAUCCAUUUUAUUGAACGAGGAAGGAUUAAAUUGUACGUUUCAAGAAACUCUUAAGCUCUUAAGUAUUUUAAUCACUAUACCGAUGUCAACAUCUGAAGCAGAACGCUCUUUUUCAAUGCUGAAACGGAUUAAAACUUUCCUCAGAAACACAAUGAAGGAAGAAAGGCUUAGUGCUUUAGGAAUGCUGUCUGCAGAAAAACAUUUUGUUAGUGGCAUUGAAAAUUUUAAUAAUAAGGUCUUUCUCAAACCAAUACUAUUUAUGAAUGCUAGACAAAUGAUGUUGGUGAUAACUGAUAUGACCUGCGAAACUUAUCAUGAUAAUUUGCCGUUAGUCAAGGAAGAUUUCCAUCAUCCUUCUCUAUUUGUAGUUUGUGAAACUAAAUUCAAUGCCACUCUUAAUUUUGACACGAAUGUAGCAACUCCAACGUACAACUUCAGGAAAGCUGAUUUCAUUGGCCUUUACAAUGCCUUGACUUACAUUGAUUGGUCUUUUUUGGACAACGUGGAGAAUGUGUGA